AACACGUGGUUGGCGUUACACAAGCCUGUUUUGUAAGAUGAGGUUGCUGCUGUUAUGUAGCUUAGCUAACUGAGCUAGCCUCAGUGUGCAGCAGGAGUGUGUUGGAGCUGCAGCAGGUUAAAUGGUCUCGUCCUCCAGGCUGCGGCUAAUUUGGCGUCAUUUUGUGAACAGUGGAAUGGGAGAUAUGUCCUCUAAAGGCCAGAUGCCGACCCCAGAAUCAGCCCUGCCCGGCCGGAGUGAAGGCAUCAAAGUCUCAGCUAAACACGAUGUGAACGGCAACAAGACUGUUCCACCUUUCCCAGAGGGGACGGAGAUGGCUGUGUUUGGUAUGGGCUGCUUCUGGGGAGCGGAGAGGAAGUUCUGGAAACAGAAGGGGGUUUAUUCCACCCAAGUGGGCUACGCAGGAGGGUACACACCGAACCCCUCCUACAACGAGGUCUGCACAGGCAGGACGGGCCACACUGAGGUGGUGAGAGUCGUCUUCCACCCAGAGAAGAUCCGCUUCGCCAACCUGCUCAAAGUGUUCUGGGAAAGCCAUAACCCGACUCAAGGGAUGCGACAGGGGAACGACGCAGGGACGCCGUACCGCUCAGCCAUCUACGUGGAAACUAAGCAGCAUCUCGAGGAAGCGCUGGCCUCCAAAGAUCAAUACCAGAAGGUACUAACAGAGGAAGGUUUUGGGGAGAUAACAACAGAAAUAGCAGAGGAACAACCAUUCUACUACGCAGAGGAUUACCACCAGCAGUACCUGAGCAAAAACCCUGAUGGAUACUGUGGGCUGGGCGGGACUGGAGUCUCCUGUCCAAUAGGAAUCAAGAGCAAGGCGUAGUUAGCCAAUCACAACCUAGCAACAUCUCCCUCAGUAAGGAUGCAACCAGGAAAUGGUUUUCAUUUUUAAAAUGCUUACAUAAUCAAAUAGGCAAUGAGUUUUAGACGUAUAAACAUUUGAUUUGACAUAUACAACAUUUAUAUUGUAUAAGCACAUACGAAACCAAACGCUUCAUCUUGCUGAAAGUAAGCAGUGAUUGCCGGAAGCGGUAGCUCAGUUUGCUGAAAGAAUAACACUCAUUGCAAUGCAGAUUUCUGCCUGAUGUAACCCGGAGACAUAAACUGCCGUGGAGACGCUAAUUAAGGCUGUCAGUCUCCUCAGCUCGUUGGUAUGAGUAAACAUCCCAGUGCCUCAAAAUGAUGCAUAUAGCUUGCAUUGUAGCAUGGUACCUUUGUAAAGGCUUUACCCAAAAAUCCUCCUCGACACAAUUCUAUUAGAUCCAUGUGUAUGUAAUCUAAUGAAAUGAAGUGAAGAAAGGGGUGAACAUCCUACACGAUCUUCACGCUGAAUGCAUUGAUCCAUUUUUGUGUUUUAGAGUCCAAAUUGCCCUGUUUUAAAUCCAUGACCGCAGGAUGUUUUUGGUGACUGUUUUGAAUUACAACUGAAGCAAAACAUCAGGUUUCUCCUCCUCAGAAUGCUUUAUUAGUGAUGAUUAUUGUAUGUUGUACUUUAAAACCAAUGCAGGUUACUUUUCAGAAGUCUGUUGAGGAAUAAAACUGAUUAAAAGCUUA